AUGCCUGCUGGUCCGGGCGAGAGUCUGCUGUCGACCGUCUUCGCUGACGUGCACUACCACUUCAACGAUCCUGCCUCGAAACCGCCCCACCAUCGAUUCGACCGAGGGAGCUACGUAUACCUGUACUACAAUGCUGUCCAGCGUCAGACGAAGCUCGAGAUCGCCAAUCAUGCCGGCACACCCGAACAAGAUGCCUUCUUCGGCUAUUUGAAUGUUGCGAAUGUACGCUGGACACAUCUACAGCCGAACUUGAUCACACUCUUGAUCAAUACCAGUGCUGUGCCCGAUCAAUCAACAUGGCAUCUACCAACCUUCGAUCCGCGGCACGAGCAGAAGUACAUGUACAAGUUGCAUGCAUUGGACAUCUACAUGUGGACGGAGAAGGACGCGGCGACACUGUGGGGCCAUCUUCGUAGUGUGCUGAGCCAAGACAGGCUUGAGAUCAAGGACGCCACAGGCGUGAACACUCCGCAUUCAGAGCACAGAGACUCUAUGAGUCCAGUUGUGCAGCAGCUGGAGAAGACUGCCAUUGCUUCCCACUUUCCGCCUCGAGCAGCAAGUGCCGUCUCUGCUCAAUCCCUUCCUGGUCUGCCUACACCAGCCAUGUCAGCAGGUGGCUCGCCCAAGGUUGCUCCGGGGGGCUACAACCCAGCAGCGCCGGCAGCUCCAGAGCCGAUCGCAUAUCGAGAGAAGACACCGCCUCCUCCAGAUGAUGGCACUGGCACUGGUCUGGCGCGUGCAGCAAAGUAUGACAGCGCCCCACAGCCUCAAUACGCCCAAGCAACAGGCAUAUACCAGAGUUCGAAUCAGACUACGCCACAGCACGCCUACUUUGGCGGGCCACCGCAGCUCCAGAGCCAGCCUUCCCAUCAUAGCACCCAUUCGCAGUCGAGCAUUCCCGGCCCACCAGGCAGUGUACCUCCUCCGCCUCAGCAGCAAAAAGCACCAUCGUUUGGUCCGAUGGCUCAAAGUACACUGCCUACAUCGCCACCUCCUGGCCAGCAGAACUUCAACAGGCAGUCGUCGUUCGGGCCAACAGCACAAAGCACUAUCCCACAAACGCAGUACGCCAACUACAACCCCCAAGCACAAUACGGCAACCAGCCCGCAACGCCAGGAGACAAUGCUCAGCUGCCCCCCACACCCUCAGCUCCCCCAGCAUACUCUGGCCCACUGCAAUCACCUGGCUUGCCUCCUCCACCCCCUCAACAGCAGCAGACACCUGUCGGUGGUUACAGCAACUACAACUACACAACAGCUGGCGCAGCUCCUUCCAGUAUCUCUUACGGCGGCUAUACUGGUGACAUUCACAACACCGCGUACCGACCAACAGAAGCAGAGGCGUCGAGUCAUGGCCAUGGCCAUGCUAAGCCAGCACGGCAGGCCACCGGUGGUCAACCCGGUCAACCGACCAAACUACAGUCGCAUGUAGGGAAAGGUGAAGCUAAGGUCAGCAAGUUCUUGAACAAGCUGGAUAAGUUAUGGUAG